UCUACAUGUUUCAGUCGCUACGGCAACCAAUGCUUUUUCCUCUCUCUCUUGGACUCUGUAUCUCCCCGCUUUCUCUCCCUCCUUCAUUCCUUCUCUCCACUGCCAGAGCGCGAGAUGAUCGGAGGAGCGGGGUCUGAGUGAACACGGCGAAGCGAUGGGGAGAUGCUCCAUCUCUCCUGUCACACGACCGACUGCCCUCAUCUCCAUCCUCCUGGUCGCUCUGGUGACACAGCCCUCCACCUGCAACCGUGACGACGCUGAUGCCGAGGAGCAGGUGGACGCCCUGUCAGUCCAGCUGUCCGUCACUACUCAGGUCACACCCACCCCUCUCUGGGUGGUGGUCUGGGGACCCACUCAGCCUCUGGAGGAUGAAACCUACCACUUCCUCUCCAGCCAGGAAACAGACCACCAGCGCCGUCAUGGGAACCAGCUGGAGACCAGCACUGUUACCUCAGAGGACUGGCCGUUCGCUGACUCAAGCAUGCGGCCCGGCGGGGAGUCGCCAUUAGGCUCCAGGAACCGGGACGGAGUGGAGGAUGGAGGAACAGAGGCUGAAGAGUCCGAGCCUGAGGAAGUGGACCCCCAGUUCUACGUCACCGUGACCAUCUCCUCGCUGCUCAUCCUGAUGGCGGUCGUCAUCACGGCCAAACUGUGUUAUGAUCGCAGCUGUUCACAUCACCCUGCUCCUCUCUCCCGUGGCGUGGCCCCCCCACUCUCCCGCGGCCUCCCUCGCUCCCUGGCUUCCGAGGACAGCCGGCAGACGCUGCACAGCACCUCCUCCUCCUUCUUCACCGACAGGGAGAGGAUUCCAGUGGUGAACCUCUGAGGUGACGCUUCUGUUCCUUCCACGGAGCCUGCAGAGGAACGCCAGCGUGGCCGGAGGGCUCGCCGCCGGCGCCAUUUUGUUUUCUCUAAAACUGUGAAAUGAAUUCCGGGGCGGCAGGUAUCCUCCCUGACAAAACUCAUGUCCCCGCUGACCGCCUCCCCCUCCGCCCCUCUUUGUGCUAAAUUGUCUUUCAUGUGGCUCUGCUUCUAUGGAACCGACUGGGUUUGGCCCCGGGCUGAGCCAAAACAGCCCGCCAUGACUAAUUCACAAACAAACAGUUUAACAGCCGUGCAGCAUCACACUCCGCCUCGCCUCCUCUACCUGUGAUUCCUCCACAUCUGCUCCACACAGCUUCGCCGCCGUGUCCCUGUCCCCGCGCCAAACAAGACCAGUGAUUUAGCAUCGUGACGCACAGCUCUCCAUCCACUUCUGUGACACAUGACCUACCUAGACUGGCAGCCAGAGACACAAAGUCCAGUUCAGAGGUCCAGCAAGUCAGUCAGUGCUUCGUGUUUUACUCGAGAAAACUGCUUUUACAAGGAGAUGCUUAAAUGUAGCAAAGUAGACGCGACUGCGUGAAACAUACGAGACUUUACGCCCCUCAUCAUGAGGAAACUCCUUUAACAAGGAUUUUAUUUUUUUAAUGAAGGUAAAGUUUGACAUUAUUAUGCGGCCUCUUUUUUAUUUUCAUUAUAUUUGUCUUUAUUUAAAUUAACAUAUUAGUUGUUUUUACAAUUAAAAUGGUAAAAAAAGGUUCAUUUUUAAAUGUAUCGCUAAUUUCUGCUAAAAUGUUAAGAAUUUACCUUUAAAUUCAUAUAGAAUUUUAAUUUUAGCUGCAGUUCAUCUUCAUUAUUUAUUUGAAAUAUUUAAAUGUGAUAGUAUUAUGACAAGUAUCUUUUUGUUUUCAUUGUUCACUUUUAUUUCAUAAUUUUAUUUUUAAAUAUGCACUUUUGUUGAUGGUUGAAUUUUGACAUAUUUUUACCAUUUUGUCUUUUUUUGCGCUUUUUAAAGAUACUUCAUUGAAUUAAAUAUCAUAUAAAACAUAUUUCUGGAGCCAGUACCUUCAGAUUAGGCAAAACCAAGUGUGUGAUCCCCAAACAGCACUUCUGUGAGUGUAAACAAACCAUGACAACUCUAGGUGUGAGCAGUUCUGGUUUUUAUUAGUUUGGUGUUUGUAGCAUCUAAAACUGUCUCCACUUGUUUACAUGCAGAAGCUUUGAUGAAGACCCAAAAGGGUUUUAAAAUAGAAGUGUGAAAACGUGGCCUCAAAAGCGUCCUUUUCUCCGCUCGUGCGUGGCGUGUGAGGGGUUAAUAAUUCCAUUCUCUGCUGCUCCAAUCGCAGCGCUGCAUUUGGCAACGCGUCUUUGACUGCAGGCAAUGUGUUUAACACGUCACGCUCCAAAAGCUGAUGUUUAUUUUCUGCUUAAGGCGCCGAAAAUGCAAAUCCGUCGAUUUGUCCUCCUUCCUGAUGAUUUGUUGUCGUAAUUCUCCGGCUGGUGCGGCGGGCCUUCGUCACGGCCUCUGCUCAGGUGAGACCUGGAGGGGAGGGUCCAAGUUCCUCUGGAGAUAUACGAGCUUGUGGAGGAAUCCUGACACUGGUGUUUAUGGAAGUGGAACAUCAUCACCCCUUCAAGCCACUCCAAAGUCCCAGCGGUGGUCGGUGGUUUAUGGGGAAUGAAACCUGAUGGGGGGAAGUGACAGGACCUUUAUUUGAAGUGAACAUUUAUGUCAGGGCUGCACAAGAAAAGCACGACCUGCAGCUGGAGUUUGCUGUGGUUUGUCUCUCCGUCCGUGUUGUUCUUGUUGGUUUUAAAGCUUUCCUCCUCCGGGCCCUUCUUCCUCACGUUAAAAUCUGCCCUACAAUCCUUAAAAAACUGUCUUGACAUCAUUUCCCCAAGUUGCUUUCUUGCCUUGUAGAGCCAUGUUUUUCUCUUCAGUCGGUAAGAGACCCACUAGCAAAGGAAACAAAGUGAUGAUAGUGUCCGACUGAGCCACAGCGUGACAGACAUUAUGACCAAAGCUUUGCGAUGUCACCAGUAUCGAGAACAUUUCUAGUCAUUCAGCAUUCAUGCUUUCAUCCAAAAACAUCAGCAUGUGCCGCCAAGUAUGUUGGCAGAGAGUUGCCGCAGAGUGAGUUACCCCCCUUUUUAAACCACAGCUCCCAUAAUGCACUGCAACAGUUGAAGCUAAUACAACUUCCUGAUGGUCGUAGUACAGUGUGAAGAUAGUGUUUUAGUUUUGUGCAGCCCUGAUUGAACAGUUUGUUUCGAGGCGACCUGAGGGCCACUGAUAUGAACCGUGUCGCCAUGGAGACGUAAACCCUGUCUGUGCGGUCCGUCAAUAAAGCUCGGUAAAACUCUGCCUGUGACCCGUUAGAGACCUGCUGUUUGGAACUCAAUAGUGUGGUAGGACAGAGUCAAGAGCAGCAGUUUUCUAAGCAGCUUUGAGGCUCCCCCUUCCUCCUCCAUUCGCAUUAACAGCAGAGAUGUUCUGGUGGCCCCAACGCCUCCGGCCCUUGUGAUUUUUGGUAGCAUUUCUGUAUAAAUAUGAUAUUUCUGUACCACGUGAGUUCAAUAAAGACUCAAG